CAAGGCGGACUGCGCAGGCGCGCCGGGAUCGCCAGAGUCGGAAGUGCCGGUUUCUUCGCGAGCGGUUUCUUCCCUGAGGGAAGGAGGAGGAGGAAGAGGAGGAGGAGGAGAGGCCGGAGAGGAAAUUCAUGGCCGGAGGAGGGAGGCCGAAGACCCCGGGAGGAGGAGGCGGCGGCGGAGGAGAAGGAGAAUGAGUACCUGCUGCUGGUGCACCCCGGGGGGCGCUAGGGCCGUGCAGCUCCUACGGAGCUACGCCUCGGCCUCCUCGGACUUUGCAGCUGCCAACGAUGACCUCUGCUAUUGCCUGGAGUGCGUGGACGAGUAUCACAAGGCCCGGGAAGAGCUCCCUGACUUGCAUGAGGCCUUGUGGGAGCUGGAGACGGGCCGGCUGGUUGCCCACUUCGAGGCAUCUCUGAAGGAUGAGGGGAACGACGAUGACCUCUUCCUGGUGGAGGAGGACCGGGAGACCCCCUUGUGCGGAUACUCUGUGGCCGGAUUCGAGAAGCACCUCCGGGUGCCGCUGCUGGAGAUACUCAAGUAUCCCUACCUGCUUCUCCAUGAGCGUGUCAGCGAACUCUGCGUCGAGGCCCUUUGCAAAAUGGAGCAGAUCAACUUCUCCUAUCAGGUGGUGGGCAAACACCCUGGGAUCUACCUGCUCAUGGUGCACCCCAAUGAAAUGGUCCGUCGCUGGGCCAUCCUGACGGCCAGGAGCCUGGGGAAGGUGGACCGGGAUGACUACUACGACAUCCAGGAGGUGCUGACCUGCCUCUUCAAGGUCAUCGAGCUGGGCCUCUUUGAGGACCCCAACCUCUACCACUCCAUCCUUGUCGAGAAGGGCCAGCUCAUCCUCCUGCCCCCCCACCUCUACGACACCUCCAACUACAAGAACUAUUGGCUGGGCAUUUGCAUGUUGCUGACGGUCCUGGAAGAGCAAGCGAUGGACUCCUUGCUUUUGGGGCCUGACAAGCAGAACGAUUUCAUGCAGAGCAUCAUGAACGUCAUGGAGAAGGAGACCAACGAUGAUGGCAGCAACGACCCUUUCUGGCCCGCGCUCCACUGUUUCAUGGUGAUCUUGGACAAGCUGGGCUCUAAAGUCUGGGGGCAGCUCAUCGACCCCAUCCAGGCCUUCCAGACCAUCAUCAACAAUGCCAGUUACAAGAAGGAGAUCGAGAGCAUCCGCCAGAGCUGCCGAACCAGGACCAAAUCGGAGCCGCCAUCGGAUUACGGUGAUGAAAUGGUGACCUGCAGCCAGAUUGUGUAUAAUUUCCACCCAGAAAGGCCCAGCAAAGAGGCCGGCCGCCGGACAGCCACGUGCCCCGACUACUGCCCCAACCUGUACGAAGACAUGCAGACACUGACAGACAUGUUCCAGUGCGAUGUGGGGCGGGACAUGCGCCUGCACAACAGCACCUUCCUGUGGUUUGUGCCCUUUGCUCACUCCCUGACGGACCUGAAGGACCUGGGCAUGGCCUACAGCGUGGCAAUCAUGCACCACCUCUGCGCAGAGGUCCGGGGCAUCCUGGGCGGAGAGGCAGCGGCACUGGGGACUUGUGACAAGGUCUCCGAAUUCUUCAUCUGGAUCCUGGUCUCGGUGGUGGAGCUCAACUUCAAGCGCAGCUGCUUGCACUCCCUGUGGGUCAGCUCCGAGAACUGGGUGGAGGCGGUGGUCAAGUGUGUCCAGCUGCCCAGGACCGUGUUUUCCUCCUGCGGGACAAACUGGAUGCCCUCUCAGGAGCCCCCCUCAGUGCAGCUGGCCUGCAUGAGCCUCAUCCGGAACAUCCUGAAGGAGGGCUUCCAGGUUGGGCAGAGGAAUACCCGCUUCCUGGACGAGCUCAACCUGCUGAGGCGCAACCGGGAAGAUUGGAAGCUGAGCCCUGCACACGCCAAGGAGUUGCAGGAGUGCCUCAAGCACAUCAUCCGGAGCCUCUGGCGGAGGUCGGCAAUGCCCCCCGCUUUCGCCCAAGAGCCCUCGCCGUUCCCGAGGGGCAGGGAAGACGCUCUUGCAGGAACGGCUCUUCCUUUAGUCAACAUUAAGCAGGAACCCGGCAACAGCUUGGCCCUAGGCGGUUCGAGUCCUGAGCAAACUUGGGGCCAGAGAAAGAGAAACCAGGGUGCCGUGGAUUCAGGGCUGAAAUCCAGCCUCCAUCAAGGCUCUCGCCAAUUUGAAGAAAAAAGACCCAUACCUCCCACUGAGAAGAGUGACAGCGAUGCCUCGGAAGGAAAGACGGGCCCGACAAGCAGAUCCAAGACGUCAGACCUGACUUUGAAAUUGAAACGGUUGGUUGAUAACAUGAACAGGAGGGUCAACUGUUUGGAGCACGAGAAAGAUGGUGGCAAGGGUCUCCAAAGGACAAAGGCCGGCGUUAUUGGAAGUGGCCAGUCCAGCUCAACCUCAGGCCGCGUCCUAUCCAUCAAACAAGAGCCGGAGGAGCAUCUGGUGGAGCUUAGAAGCGCCUCUGGAGCGGAAGGGAGUUCGGAGGAGAGCAGCAGCGAGGACGAGACAGCGGACAUGCCUCUCUCUCAACUCAGGAAGGAGCUGAUGAGGAAGAGGGUGGCUUCAGACACCUUCCGGUUGGACCGCGACCUCUGCCGACUGUCCCUGGCCACUAAAGUCAACACCUUACCUUCGGACUCCAGCCAGGAAGACAGCCCUUGCGAUCAGGAUCGAAUUGAAAGGAAGGUCCGGGGUGCCACAAGGACCUGGCUCGAGAGCAGCAAGUCUCCAUCCGACGUGGGAACACCCCUGAUAAAGGUCAUUGUCAUUUCAGACGCUUCUUCGGAUGAAGAGGAAAACAAAGCCAAGGCAUCAGAGAGCACAAGACGGAAGGGAGAGUGCACCGCGACGUCCCCGAAUCCCCCAUCACCCUGUGAGGUCAUUGAAUCCCAGUGUUUCGAGUUCGAAACUGAGGACGAUAUUUACUCUGCUUGGCAAGACAGCCAGGCCUAUAAUGAGGCAGAGAAGCCACCAGCGAAGGGUUCCUCCUCCCUGAAGAUAUCCGAUUCAGAGAACGCCAGGCAGCUCAACGAAUGGGGCUACGACACAGACUACCUUGGUGAUGAAAUCGCGGAGAACGCGACGAAUGAGACCGAUCAGCGGGAGAAGGACAAGGAGGAAGGUAAGACCAAGCCUCAAGAACUGCACUCAAAUUGUGUAAACAACAGGGAGCGCUCCAGACAUAAGGAUCCAGGUCCAUCAACAUUGGCUGGUCCUUCAUCAUCAACAUCUAGAAAGUCUGCAAGUAGAAUGGAGAAGAGUUUGGUGGCCAAAGCAACUAAGAGGAGCCCUGAGCAAAGAGGCAUCAGCAGCAGCAAAUCACCCCGCUCGACGCCGGCCGUUGUGCCUCCAAAGAAGGUCCACACGUUUCCUAGCCCGACGCGGCUGACAGAGAAACUGGGCCUGAGCAAAAGGGUGCGAAGGGCGGCGGACCUGUCACAGCGCACGCAGGACAGCAUCACUAAGCUGCGCCAGCAUGGGAAGGCGGCUGGGGAGCUCCCAGAGCAGCGCAAGGCCAAACUGAUCCAGCCUCAGUUCCUGGCUGAUCGGAACAAGAAGAUGCUCACCUGCCAGGACCGGUACUUGCUCAACCACUGGAAGCAGAAAGAGCGGGAGGAGGUGGCGGCGGGCAGGAAGCCGUGCGCGGCAUCGACGGCCCGGACCACCAAAGGCAAGGGCGCUCCCGCGAAGGGGAACCCAUCCCGGAAACCUUUGCGGAAGAGUUCGAUAGAGGCAAAGGCAGCUCCGUUAGUCUCUCUGACCCUGAAAGAAUCCACCCCUUCAAACGUCCAAGAAACCGCCCCAAGUGAUGCACGUUCUCCUGUGUCUGGAAGCAGUAAAACGGCCGUCACGGUCAUCCCUUGCAAUGAGGACCCGGUUUCGAAAGACGUAAACGGGGAUGCGAGCGGAGACGACGAUGCCUUAUUUCUGACCCAGAGGGACCCGGUGCCCAUGGAGCUGUGUUCACAAAUGGACGCCGGACCCCCUGAGAACCCCCAGAUCCUCCCUUUGCAAGGGGGGACCUCAGCUGAAAAGGGGCCCCCGGAGCCUCCAGAGCAUGUCUUCGCCAAGCCCUCGCUGCCAGCCAAGCCCUCCACCACCAAGAUCUUCAGCUCCGCCUCCUCUUCGCGGACAGCGCACCUCUCCAAGGAGCUCCAGAGCACCACCAAGCCUCCCGUGGCCCCCAGGAGCAAAGCGGUGGCUGCCCUUCGCACCACGGAAGCCCCAAAGCCCAAGAUCCCAAAGAGUGUCCUUCAGCCCCAGAACCUGAACCACCGCCCUCCACAGAACAGUGGCCGGGUGCUGCCACCUGUCGCCGCCGUGGCCCCUCAGCCAGAUUCCCGGCAGAAGAACAGCGUCGGCGUUGGCAGCGUCCAGCACCGGGAUCACAGCCUUUUCAUCAAAGAGGUUCUGAAGUGGAGCUAUGAUAUGUUUGCCCACAUCGGUCAGCUGGGGCCGCCGGACCACCUCCUCCGCUCGGUGGUGGCCUCUGUCCCGCUCUGCUUCAGGGAUUACAACGAGUACUUUGAUACCUUCUUCCCUCUGAUGAUGCUGAACGCCUUCGAAGAGGCAGCCCAAGAAUGGCAGGAGUACCAGAAGGCCAAGGAGCAGAAGCCGUUCUGCCUGAGUUUGCUGAACUUCAAUGCGGACAUGAAUAAAGCAGAUUUCAUAGUGCACAUUCCCCAGAGUGACCUGGACAGGCAGCUGCACCCGAAGGAGGAUGACUUAGUCUUCCUGGAGGUCUCUGAGAAGCGCUCCUUUGGCGAAGAGGAGGCAGAGGAGGCGGCGAGUGCCAACCCAGUGCGCUUUGUGGGCCUUGUGACGCGCUUCUCCCAACCGCCACCAGCCCCUAACCCUGGAGGAAGGGACGAGCAGGCGGUGGUGUGCCACCUCUCGGUCCAGACGCAGGCCGACCUCUCUCGCGUGGACAAGCGGCUCCGGUGCCUGGUGGUCAGCUCCCUGGUGACGACGCAGCGGCGCUUCCGGGCCCUGCUUCUCCUCAACCGCAGCCCUCUGGCCAAGGCCCUGCUCAGCCCCAGCCCAGACGACUUCCGCCCGCGGGCCCUCCUCAGCCCCGAACCAGCCGCCUCUUCCGGGAGGGAAUUCAACGAGGAGCAGCGCCGGGCCAUCGAGGUGGCCUUCUCCAUGGUGACGCAGCACCCUGCUCUACCCAAGGUCUGCCUGGUCCAUGGCCCGCCCGGGACGGGAAAGUCCAAGGCCAUUGUUGGCCUCCUCCACCGCAUCCUCAGCCAGAAGCCCGGGAAGGAGAACCCGGUGCAGUGCCUGAACGCCAAGAUCAAGCGCAACCGGGUCCUGGUUUGCGCCCCGUCCAACGCCGCCGUGGACGACCUGAUGAAGAAGAUCAUCCUGGAGUUCAAGGAGAAGUGCCAGGACAAGAACAGCCCCCAGGGAAACUGUGGGGACAUCAACUUGGUGCGUUUGGGGCAGCAGAAGUCGAUUAGCAAAGAUGUCCGUCGGUUCAGUCUGAAUGACCAGAUCGACCACAGAAUCAUCAAGGCCACGCUGGGCAAAGACCAGGAUCUUCAGAAGCGGAAGGAAGACCUGGACCGGCAGCUGGACCUGCUCUCGCGCGAACGGGCCAUUUACCGCAGCGAGAAGAGGGAGAAGAUGCAACAGCUGGAUGACGAGAUCUGCCGCCUGUCCAAGGAGAGGCAGCGCCUGGCUUCCCAGCUGAAGGAGGUGCGUGGGCGUUCUCAGGAGUUGAAGGCCAGUGUUAUCCUGGAGUCGCACGUGGUGUGCUGCACACUCAGCACCAGCGGAGGGGGGCUGCUGGAGUCGGCCUUCCGGAGACUGGGAGGGGACCCCGUCAGCUGUGUCAUUGUGGAUGAGGCAGGGCAGACCUGUGAGGUGGAGACUCUCAUCCCGCUGAUCCACGGCUGCAAAAAACUGGUCCUGGUGGGAGACCCCAAGCAGCUCCCUCCCACCGUCAAGUCCAUGAAGGCGCAGGACUUCCACUUCGACCAGGCGCUGAUGAGCCGCCUCUGCCGCCUGCUGGAGGGGCCCCGGACCCCGGAGGAGGAGGAGCCGGCGGGAGGUCCCCGGAGGAGCCCCGUCCUGCGGCUGAGCACCCAGUACCGCAUGCACCCCGAGAUCUGCCUCUUCCCCUCCAAGUACAUCUAUGGGGGGGUCCUUUGCACAGACAGGCAAACAGCCGAGAACCGCUUCUCUCUGGAGUGGCCCUUCCAGCCCUACUUGCUCUUUGAUGUUCUGGACGGCAAGGAAGAACGCGACAGCGACUCCUACGCAAAUCCCCAUGAGGUCAGGCUAGUGCUGGAACUGGUGAAGCUGAUCAAGGAGAAGCGCUGGGACCUGGGCUUCCGCCAGGUGGGCAUCAUCACCCCCUACAACGCCCAGAAGCGCAGGAUCCGGAGGCAGCUGGACGCCGAGUUCGGAGAAAAUGGUGCCAGCGAAGUGGACACCGUGGAUGGCUUCCAGGGCCGCGAGAAGGACUGCAUCAUCGUGACCUGCGUCCGGGCCAACAGCACCCAGGGCUCCAUCGGGUUCCUGCGGAGCCUCCAGCGCCUGAACGUCACCAUCACCCGGGCCAAGUACAGCCUCUUCAUCCUCGGAAAGCUGAAGACCCUCAUGGAGAACAAGGACUGGAAUGAGUUGAUCCAAGAUGCCCAGAAGCGGGGCAACAUUGUGCAGACAUCCAUUGGCAGCUACAAAAGCAGUGCCUUGAAGAUCCUGAAGUCCCGCCCGCUGCUUCCGACGAUGACGGGUCCCAAGAGGGUGACACCAAAGGCGGUGGCGGAACUGAAGGCCCCCCCACAAGGGGAGCCUGCCGUUGCAGAACGGCAUCCCCCUGCACCCGCGGAGCUAUCCUCUAAGAAGCCGCCGCAUCCUCUUCCUCUCCCAGAAGCGAGGCGGCCCAAGGACCCACGUCUGGCUAGGAGGGGUGAGUCGGCGGGGGACAGCAGAGCAGGCCAUUAUCCCUCGGGGUCUUUGGCGGGUGUAGAGCCUCCUCAGGGCCCCACUCCCACUCCACCCUGUGGCGCAAAUCCCUCCUUUUCGAACACUGAAGCGCUCGCCAGGGCUGUCUUGGCCAAGCUGCACGACCGGAGGCCUUCGGACCGAGGAGAGCACCCUCCUCCAGUCCCCAAAGGUCCCCCCCAGGCCAAGGACAUCUCUUCCAACAGCCGCAGGGCCUCUGUGGAGCCACUAGACGGCCCCGUCGACACCAAGCGGAGGCGUACCACCUGCUAAGCCCUGAAAGUGCCUCGCUUCUUCUUUCUUCUCCUCUGUCUUCCCAGCCGUUGCUGCCUUUCGGGACUUGUUUUAUACUGCCGGGCGAAGCCUCACCUUGUCUGCAGUUCUGUAUAUUUGUACAGCAGAAGUUUUAUUUUUUAAAGAGCGGACACAGAGGUGGCCCCACCGGACCGCUUCCUCUACUUUGUACCUCACUUUGCCAUUGCCUUCUUUGCUGCCUUUUGGGGGUUGCCCUCGCUAGCCCUCAGUUUCCCAGCUGCCUAUUGGGUCCAUAGCCAUUGCCUUGAGGCUUACCUGGGCUUUGUGGUUCCCCCCCGCGGCAGCCAUUUUCACCUCUUUCUCCGGCUCGUCGGAGGUGUUACUUGUUUAUUCGCCCGUUUGUUGGCGCCUCCUUUGAUUCGGGAGGAAUAUAUAUAUAUAUAUAUAUAUAUGCACACAAAUAGGUCAGUAUUUCAAUAAAAUACAAAAAACCAAGGA